AUGCAAUCUUUUAGAAUGAUGGGUGAAAUUGGGCCGGAACAAUGGGUUGUAUUAAGUGAUCAUAAAAACAUAACACCAUACCUUGAUCCGGACCGUGAUUGCCCAUCCUGCCCUAUUAAACCAGAUACAAAAAGAUUAUAUCGCUACCAUUACAAUACAACAAGAAAUGGAACAUUUUCUCGCUUUAAGAUUGAGAACACUGGCCCAGAUUCAUACGAAUUAAAUUUCCAACCUCAUGCAAAUAUAGUUUCAAUUUCUAAAUUAUUAUUUUUCGGUGCCAUUGAAAAUAAUCGUAUCGUAUUUUCACCUGAUAGGGUUUCCACGUCAUCUACUAAAAUCCUCGCAUUCGGAGUACUUUCUGUAUUUUCAUGA